AUGAGAACAACGACACAGCCACAGCUGAUGAAUCAUCAAAGGAAACAGCUGAAAAAGCCAGAAGAAGAUGAAGAUGAAGAUGAGACCACUGAAGAAAAACAGACUGCUGUAACAAGUGAAGAUGAAUCGAAAGAAGAGAUUGCUGAAGCCACCACAGCUGAAGGUGCAGCAGAAAGUGUGGCAGACACAAAUGAAAGUGACUCUGAGCAUGAAUCUGUGGUGGCAGGGGUAGUUGAAGACAUCAAAGAGACUGCUGCCACCAGUGAUGAUGAUAAUCCUCCAGAGAAUUUAAAUGCCACUACAAAUGAAGAUGAAACUGCAGAUGAGAAUGAUACAACGGGUGAUGAACUAUCAAAGGAAUCAACUAAAGAAGAAACAACAGAAGAUGAGCUUCUUGUAGAAAAGGAGACUGAUGAUCCAAGUGAGGAUGAACUUAGAAAUGAGGCUGCUGAAGCCACCACAGCUGAAGAGAGCACUAUGGCAGUCACAAGUGAACAUGAAUCUCACAAAGAUAAUGCUGUAGAAGAAGGAACAGGCACUAAUGAAGAAAAGCUUGCUUCAACCAGUGCAGAUGAGUCUGCAGAUGAGAACAACGAUGCAGCCACUGCUGGUGAUUUAAUAAAAGAAUCGACUGAAGAAGCAGAAACUGAAGAUGAGAUGGCUGGAGAAAAAGAAAGUGAAGAUGAUUCAACAGAAAAGACUGCUGAAGAUGAAAUUCCAGCAGAAAAUACUUGUGUGACAGCUACAAGUGAAAAUGAAUCUGACAAAGAAGAAUCUGCAAAGGCAGGGAUGGGUGAUGAUGGAGAAGAGACUCCUGCCACCAGUGAUAAUGAUUCUGCAGAAGAUGCCACCACAAAUGAAGAUGAAACUGCAGAGGAGAAUGAUGCUACAGGUGAUGAAUUAUCAAACAAACCAACAGAACCAACAGCAACAACUGAAGAUGAGACUGCUACUGAAAAAGAGAUGGACGCUGCAAGUGAAGAUGAAUCAAAGGAGGAGCUGGCAGGAGCCAACAAAGUUGAAGAUGAAAAUCUUGAAAAAGAGUCUGAUGUGGCUGCCACAUCUGAAGAUGAAUCUGACAAGGAUCGAGGCUGUGGAAGCAGAGACAGUUGA